CAAAAUCUCAAAUUCUACAUUCAUGUUCUGUCAUUGCAAGAUAAAGAGAAGUUGAAUUAUUUAAUAACUUGCACGUUAUCUACAACAACAACUCAUUGACUUGAUCCACAAACUACUCUUGUUGUUGGAUGUUACGUUUUUGACUCCAUUAAAGAGCUCUUUUUCUUCUUGGCUUAUAUAUCAUUCAAGCUAACUUCCAAUUCCAAAAACUCUUUUCUCUCUUUUUCUUUAAAAUAUCAACGGUUGAGAUGAGACGACAAGGUCGGCAACAUGGUCUAGUCAGAGGUUACCGGAUUCUUCCACCACCGCUUAACACAAGACCGGUCAACUCUUUGACUUCACCUCAAACCUCUGAGUUAUUUACCGAAUCGCCAUCUAAACCGACCAAAGCUCACCGGAAAGUGUGGCCUGGCCAGGUGCAUUGGGUGAGAUCAAACGACAUUGCUUCAUCAAGCUACAAACUGCUGACGUGGAGGGUCAAGACUGUCCCCGGAUCCGAUCCUGUUUUGAAUCUCCCUGGUUUCUUGGAUCCUCAUAACUGUGAAGACAAUGUAGUAAAAGGAGAAGAAGCUGGAGUACUUGAAACGGUGAAGACAGAGAGUAAUGGAGAUAAUAGUGAUAAAGAAGAAGAUGGUGGGUCUCUUGAUUAUGGUCAAAGUAUGAGUUUUUACGAUGUGGGGAUGAUGAUGACGGAACAUGUGUUAGAAGAUGACGAUGAAGAAGAAGAUGGUUGGUGUUUGGUCUAAUGAUGUCUCCCUCACGUGGAUCAGCUUUUUUCCUUUUUCUUUUGUGAAUGUUCAUUUGAUUACUUUACAUUAUCUUUUAAGUAAAGCUGGUAGCUUUACCAAU